CCCAGCUCAGCAGGUCGGAGUUAAGUGGGAAUGCGGUGUAAUGCGGUGUAAUGUACUGUAAUGCGCUGUAAUGUACUGUAAUGCGGUGUAAUGUACUGUAAUGUACUGUAAUGCGGCGUUUCUGAGGAAGGUCCGUCCUGCUGAAGGCCGCGUGUCCAUCCUCGCAGUGUUUUGCGCUCCGUGCGUGACCGCAGCGCGGGCGGACGGAGCCCCAGGAGCCGUGUGGAGAAGAUGGAGUUCGGAGUUUGGAGCCGAGCAGCAGCGGCAGGUCAGCGCUGAGUGAUCCGACUUGAGCUGCCGCUGCCGCCGCUGCUGGACUUGCCGCCGUCCUGCUUCAUUACUUCGCUAUUUCGCCCCGUUUCGGAGCUCCGCUGUUCCUGCAGGAUGAGGAGCUCGGAGGAGCCGGAGGUGUUUGAUGGAGAGGCCUCCAGCGCCUCCAUGAUGAGCGGCGCCACCAGCCCUUACCAGCCGACCACAGAGCCCGUCCAGGCGGCCAGAGGGGUCCGGGGCGUCCGCUGGGACACGGAGUACCUCCGCUCGUCUUUCGGCGUCCUAAAAGCUUUGGAAGUGGUCCUGUCUCUGAUCGGCUUUAUCUGUAUCGAGACGGUGAUGAUGUGUUCUCCGUGUGCGGGAGUUUACCUGUUUGAGUUUGUGAGCUGCAGUGCCUUCAUCGUUACGGGAGUUUUACUCCUCAUCUUCAGCCUAAACCUGCACACCAAAGUGCCGCAGGUCAACUGGAGUCUAACGGACCUGAUAAACACCGCCGCCAGCACUGUGUUCUUCUUCCUGGCCUCGGUGGUCCUGGCAGCUCUAAAUCACCAGAGUGGAGCCGAGAUCGCCGCCGUGAUCUUUGGGUUUUUGGUGACGGCCGUGUACGGAGUGAACUUGUACCUGGCAGUGCGUCGAUGGCGUUUGGGUGAGCAGCGCCCCAUGCAGGCCAGUGAGUACAUCCGCGCCCGCACGGCCUCACGAGGGGAGGUAGAGGCACGGCCCGAACUGCAGUAACACAAACUCCUGGACCACCAUAGACUGUGACUGCAAAUAAUCCCCCGACUCUCACGCCUGGACCAGCAGCCAGUGUCCACCGCAGGGCUGAACAGCGCAUUCAUAUAUUCAGUUACAGUUUCUUUUCCCAUCUGCUGUGCUGCUGAAUGAGGACGAGCACGUACCUAAAACACAUCAGGACGAGCCUCAGAUUAGCCACUUACUGACUUGCAAUGACUUGAAAGCUUGUCAUGGAAAAGCCAAUGAAAUUCUAUAGAUUUUAUUUAAAACACUACCUGAAUACUAACAAUCUGAUCAAAUGUAAUGAACACAUCCGCGUUUGGCCGAACGUGAACAAGAUGAGCACACGUCUCAGGGGAACGAGGGCUUUUUCAGAGCAAUGGGAAAACGGAUGGAAGUGUGAUAUAAAAUUGAUGAAG